GUGGGCAAGGAAAAACACAUGCACCCUCGUUUUGCGGAUAGUUUGUCAGAAUCGGCCCCGAUCGAUAACAGCACCAAUGACGUCUUGCACAACCACGAGUACCCUCAAACGAUCAAGUGGAUGACAAAAUGGAACAACGCUGACAGCACGUUUUUUUGGCUGACAGCUCGUGUGCGGUGCCGUGUUUGUUUUGCUUUGGAUUCUCCACGAAUCGGUCGGGUUUGCACCAGCGUGCGACGAAAUAGCUGUGAUAAAAUGGCUCUAGCACGCAGCUUAUUGCGGUUAGUUUGGCGAUGCAAUGUGCACCAACUAGCUACACUAGCACAGACAAGGACAACAUACCGCUUGGCCAGCUUGGGAUGGAAUUCCAGUCCACGAAAUUCGUUUUGCACUAAUGUUACAGCGCUUGAAGCUCAACAGAGUGGCCCAAAUGAAGAGGUGGGUAGGAUACAGCCCCGCAAAAUGAACCUCAUAUAUACGUGCAAGGUGUGCAACCAUCGGAACAUGCACAUGAUAUCCAAGCAAGCGUACGAGAAAGGUGUCGUGAUAGUGACGUGCGAUGGAUGCAGCAAUCAUCAUUUGAUCGCAGACAACCUGAACUGGUUUACCGACCUGAAUGGGAAGCGCAAUAUUGAAGAGAUACUGGCAGAGAAGGGUGAGAAGGUUACGAAAAUAUUUGAAAAGUAGACGGAAGGCUGGGUAGAAUUCCCUGUUGUAAAUAAAAUUCUUCCGGAUUCUGUUAUAAUUGCGCUAA